UUGCAGUGAUUGGUUAUUACGAGCUGUCGUGUUUCUUAAGUUGUCAAAAUAUUUGUCAAAUAAACAACAGUUGCAUUUAACAUAUCCUCAGCAGUAAUAUUUUUCUAAAAUGGACAAUGGUGAUAAUGGUGCUGGAACUUUGAGUGACUCAUUUCUAGCUGGAGGCCAAUAUAUUGUUCAUGCUGAUGAUGGAGAUGAAACGAUGGGAAUGUCCGGGGAUAGUAUGGAUGCUACUGAUAAGGAUGGAGAACCUUUAAGAGAACAGGACAGGUUUUUACCUAUUGCAAAUGUAGCAAGAAUUAUGAAAAAUGCUAUUCCUAAGUCUGGCAAGAUUGCUAAAGAUGCUAAAGAGUGUGUUCAAGAAUGUGUCUCUGAAUUUGUUAGUUUUAUAACGAGCGAGGCAAGCGAUCGAUGUCACCAAGAGAAAAGAAAAACCAUUAAUGGUGAAGAUAUAUUAUUUGCUAUGUCUACUUUGGGAUUUGAUAAUUAUGUUGAACCUUUGAAACUAUAUUUGCAGAAGUACAGAGAAGCCAUGAAAGGUGAAAAAACAAUAAGUACUGCAACUGCUACAGAUUCAUCGAUGGAUGACUUAGAUGAUGCAUCAGGAACAUUAGCCAUGCUGACAGAUCCAUCAGGUCAGGCAAAUGUAAUCUAUACAGCAUAUCCCUCUCAGGAAUCUCUAAAUUUAUUACUGUACAAUAAUUCUUCCUAGUCUUGAUGUAUGAAUCUUAACCAUUCAUGUAACCAAGACAGCAUCCAUUUGAAUAUGUAUUUGCUCAUUGAACAUUGUGUUAUUAUCUGUUAAAUGAACAACAUCGCAGACAGAGAGAAAGGGACAUAAAUUUAUGUGAUUUCUCCAUGCGAAAAAGUUCAAAUAUUUUUCUUAGCUGUUUGAAUUUGUGUAUUAACAAUAAUUUCAAACCAGUAUUUUGCUUAAUUAAAAAAUGCUACUUAAGAAUAUAUUUAUGAACUUUUGCAUAGCAAAGUAUUUCAUUGUCAUUUAAAAGUACUAGGUUAAUGCACAUGAUUUUAAACACAACUGUUGAGACCUUUCAGUUGCAGUUAUAAAUUAAAAGAAUUCAAUGUAAAAGCCAGUUUUGACAACCAGUGGUUGAUAAAAUAACUGAUUUCUUUGUUUUUUGGCCAUGGUCCACCCAGGUUGUUUCUGAGUGACAUUUUUCAGGUGUUUAUUCUAUUUAAAACUUCAUGCCAAGACUUUUCUUCUAAAUUUAUUCAUGCUCUGAACAACUGUCAGCCAUGUUAGGAGAAACAUCCUUGAUGUACCA